CAGAUUAAACAUCACAAAAAAAAUGGCUUCUCAUAUUGUUCACUACUGUUUACUUAUGCUUCUUGCCAUGUUAACAAUCUCUUCCCAUGCUACAACACUUUCUCCUAACUUUUACAAUCAAGUUUGUCCUCAGGCACUGCCCAUCGUUAAGUCAAUUGUUCAGCGAGCAAUUUUACGUGAGCGACGCAUGGGAGCUUCUUUACUUCGUUUGUUCUUUCAUGACUGUUUUGUCAAUGGAUGUGAUGGAUCAGUUCUGCUGGAUGAUACCCCAAACUUAAUAGGCGAAAAGACAGCCCUACCAAAUAUUGGUUCAAUUAGAGGUUUUGAUGUGGUUGAUCAAAUUAAAGCAGCAGUUGAUAGAGCUUGCAAAAGCCCCGUGGUGUCAUGUGCAGAUAUCUUAGCAAUAGCUGCUCGUGAUUCUGUAGCCAUUCUAGGAGGUCAACUCUAUUGGUACAAAGUGUUACUAGGAAGAAGAGAUGCAAGAACUGCAAGCAAGGAUGCCGUAGUCUCCAAUCUUCCUGCUCCAUUUUCCAGUUUCUCUGAGCUUCUUUCCAAAUUUCAGUCUCAUGGGCUGGACCUUAAGGAUCUCGUAGCUCUCUCGGGUGCCCACACCAUUGGAUUUGCAAAGUGCACUACCUUUAGGGACAGGAUCUACAACGACACCAACAUAGACCGCAAGUUUGCAUCUUCUUUGAAAGGGACAUGCCCUAGAACUGGUGGAUUUAACAACUUGGCAGCACUAGAUCGCGCCACUCCCAUAACAUUUGAUACUUCUUACUACACGGCUUUGCUUCGUAAAAGGGGUCUCCUUCAUUCUGAUCAAGAGCUUUACAAGGGAGAUGGUAGUGAAAGUGACAAGUUGGUGCAGCAAUACAGCAGGAACUCGUUUUACUUCGCUGCACAUUUUAAAGCUUCCAUGAUCAAGAUGGGUAACAUGAAGCCGAAGCCUCUUACCGGAAACGCAGGAGAGAUCAGGACCAACUGUAGAAAAGUCAACGGAUAAUGAUACAUUCAUAAUCAUUUUCUCUUUUUUUUUUCUUUUUUUCUCUCUCUUUUUUUUUUAUCUCUCAGCCGCUAAUGUGGGUCGAUUUGGGAUACAACUUGGAUUUUAUUAGUAUUCUAUGCAGUCAUUUGAGAUUUAUGGAUUGUGAGAAAUAAUGUUUCUCUUGCUUGUUUUUCUGUCAAUAAAAUUAUGGAUAAGAGGCAUAAGGCCUCUUGGAGAUGCUAAUUAGUUGCUGAAGUUCUAUCUUCCAACACUCAUUUGCGCGCUAUCUUUGUAUGAACGUAGCUCCACUAAAGACAGUGCCUUUGUAAUUUUAUCCUUUCUUAGCAAACUUGGAAUUGGAGAAUAUUUUCUUGUCUUGUUGUGUACUUCCAGCUUUU